GGAGGUGGGGGAGCGGGGGGGAAGCGGCACAAAGUGAAGCCACAUUGCCAAACUUGCCCGGCGAUUGCAGCAUCGAGCGGCGGCGGCGCCCUGCGUGUGCGGCUCAGCGGCGGGGACCGAGCUCUGCAGCUCCCCUCCCGGGAAGCGGGAGCUGGAGGAAGGACCCGGGCAGACGCCUCUCAUAGCAAUAUCUAUAUUUUUCCAGCCUGGGCUGCCCCUUGCCGGGCGGGGGGCUCCCUCCAGCCGGCGAGAGGGCGAGCGCUGUGCUUAUUUCUUUGCAAGAAGAUCUCUUCAGGCACCCCGAGCGGCGCUCCCCGGCCUUUUGCAAUAUAGAGGGGAAGCAGGCCAUGGUGAACCCCGGCGGCAGCGCGCAGCCGCCCCCGGUCACGGCGGGCUCCCUCUCCUGGAAGAGGUGCGCCGGCUGCGGGGGGAAGAUCGCCGACCGCUUCCUGCUCUACGCCAUGGACAGCUACUGGCACAGCCGCUGCCUCAAGUGCUCCUGCUGCCAGGCCCAGCUGGGGGACAUCGGCACCUCCUGCUACACCAAGAGCGGCAUGAUUCUCUGCAGAAACGACUACAUCAGGUUAUUUGGAAAUAGCGGUGCUUGCAGUGCCUGUGGACAGUCCAUUCCUGCUAGUGAGCUGGUCAUGAGGGCACAGGGCAAUGUCUAUCAUCUUAAGUGUUUUACAUGCUCUACCUGCCGGAAUCGCCUGGUCCCCGGAGAUCGGUUUCACUACAUCAAUGGCAGUUUAUUUUGUGAACAUGAUAGACCUACAGCUCUCAUCAAUGGCCAUUUGAAUUCACUUCAGAGUAAUCCACUACUGCCAGACCAGAAGGUCUGCUAAAAGGCCAGAGUAAUGCAGAAUGCGUGCCUUCAUCUCAAAUUUUGUUCAUCACAGAUGGAUCCCAUGUCUCCAAGUAGACAAGUCACCUUUGUAGCUAGCAUCAAUGCCAGCUCCAUACCAUUGCACCUUCUUUAUUCUUGAUUGCCCUUCCCACAUUUAUUGGUGUAUUAAAAUGACUGAAUAUGAACAUUAAGGACUCCAUGAACCUGGGCUAAUGGGAGACUGUAGAGAAAAUGAAAAAAGAUCCACCGGAGGACAUCUUG